GCGGGGGGCAGCUGCAACCUCAGCAUCCUUCAUUCACUGCUUAAUGUCCUACACUGGGGGAAGCAGGGUCUCUCAGGUCUCCAGUAAAGUCAUCCUCUCCCCCCUCCCUGCCUCUCCAGCAAAGUAACAUCGCUCCAUCUGUACACACAACAGAGGACUACAGCAGCAGCCUUUGUGGCUCUCACCCUUGUUCCCUGCUACACUCUGGUGAAGAGCAGGCAGCCGGAUAACGGCAGAGGACAACAAACUUCUAUCUCGCUAAAGGGAAAUGACACUUGGUCAAGUUGAAGCUUUUGUUUGUUAAACUGUCAGCAGAGAAAGUGUUGUCACCUCUUGUCAUUGUUCUGCAAGGGACAUCGUUUAAUGUGCACCGUCCAGGAAAUCUGCACCUCCAGCUGCUCGUUCCCUGCAGCUCCCCGCAUAUGACUCCUCCUGCCUGGGAUCUGCUGACAGCUACGCGCAGCUCUUGCUUUGCCCAGCGCUGGGGGUGUGAGGCUGCUUUUUAGGCUUUUAUUUGACCCCCAGUAAAACAUAGGGCCUCGGAGAGGGGGUGCGCGGCCUCUUUUGGGAACCAGGGGGAGAGACGGCUGUUUUCAUGUUUGGGAUUCAGGAAAGCAUCCAGAGGAGUGGGAGCAGCAUGAAGGAGGAACCCUUGAGCAGCGGUAUGAAUGCUGUCCGGACCUGGAUGCAAGGAGCUGGGGUCUUGGAUGCAAACACAGCCGCCCAGAGUGGUGUUGGUCUGGCCCGGGCACACUUUGAGAAACAACCACCCUCCAACCUAAGGAAAUCCAAUUUCUUCCACUUUGUGCUGGCUCUGUAUGAUCGCCAGGGACAGCCGGUGGAAAUAGAGAGGACAGCAUUUGUGGGCUUUGUAGAGAAAGAAAAGGAAGCUAGCAGUGAAAAGACAAAUAAUGGGAUACAUUACCGUCUGCAGCUUCUAUAUAGUAAUGGCAUAAGGACAGAACAAGAUUUUUAUGUUCGGCUAAUUGACUCCAUGACUAAACAGGCAAUAGUAUAUGAAGGACAAGACAAGAACCCAGAAAUGUGCAGAGUUCUGCUCACUCAUGAGAUUAUGUGCAGUCGCUGUUGUGACAAGAAGAGCUGCGGGAACAGAAAUGAGACUCCCUCCGACCCAGUGAUUAUUGACAGAUUCUUCCUGAAAUUUUUUUUAAAGUGUAACCAAAACUGCCUGAAGAAUGCUGGCAAUCCUCGUGAUAUGCGUAGAUUCCAGGUUGUUGUGUCCACUACAAUUAAUGUUGAUGGACAUGUUCUGGCUGUGUCAGAUAAUAUGUUCGUUCACAACAACUCAAAGCAUGGGAGGCGAGCGCGCCGUCUGGACCCUUCGGAUGGAACACCUUCGUAUCUGGAACAUGCAGCUACACCGUGUAUCAAAGCAAUCAGUCCAAGUGAAGGCUGGACCACAGGGGGAGCCACUGUCAUUAUCAUUGGAGACAAUUUUUUUGAUGGGUUACAGGUCAUAUUUGGCACCAUGUUAGUGUGGAGUGAGUUGAUCACACCUCAUGCCAUCCGAGUGCAGACGCCUCCUCGACAUAUUCCCGGUGUAGUGGAAGUUACGUUGUCUUACAAAUCUAAGCAGUUCUGCAAAGGGACGCCAGGGAGGUUCAUAUACACAGCUUUAAAUGAACCAACAAUUGACUAUGGAUUCCAAAGGUUGCAGAAAGUAAUACCUAGGCACCCGGGUGACCCUGAGAGACUACCUAAGGAGGUGAUAUUGAAGAGGGCGGCAGACCUUGUAGAGGCUUUAUAUGGGAUGCCACACAACAAUCAGGAAAUCAUAUUAAAGAGAGCAGCUGAUAUCGCUGAAGCUUUGUAUAGUGUUCCAAGAAACCACAGUCAGCUCCCUGCCCUCACCAACUCAUCUGUACACCCUGGCAUGAUGGGGGUUAACUCCUUCAGUGGACAGUUAGCCGUGAACGUCUCAGAGCCUUCACAAGUCACCAACCAGGGUUUUACUCGCAACACAAGUAGCGUGUCGCCUCACAGCUACGCCCCAAGCACCACUCCCCAGCAAACCAACUAUAGCUCUGUCACAACCAGCAUGAAUGGCUAUGGCAAUACAGCAAUGUCAAACCUCACCGGAUCUCCAAGCUUUCUCAAUGGCUCAGCCGCCAACUCCCCAUAUGCCAUAGUCCCAUCUAGUCCCACUAUGGCAUCAUCCACCAGCCUUCCGUCCAAUUGCAGCAGCUCCUCUGGAAUUUUUUCAUUCUCUCCAGCUAACAUGGUUUCAGCUGUCAAACAGAAGAGCGCAUUUGCUCCAGUGGUCAGACCCCAGGCAUCUCCACCUCCUACCUGCACCAGCUCAAAUGGCACCAGUCUGCAAGACCAGUCUUUUGUGGACACUAGCAAGUUCCUCAGUGCAGGCUCUCUGCAGGGCUUGGCCUUCUCAUGAACUAUCUCCGGAAUCAUCGCUCCUCCAAUGUGAAAAAAAGUCAUCUUACGUCUUGCUUGGGAGAUCAUCACUGGAGGAGCCCAACUCUCAGCUUUGAGAAGAACUUCUCUCUACAAGAGAGCAACUUUUACUCAGGCCUCUGUAUAGAGGAACCACAAAACUGCAUAUUUAGACUUUAACAAAAGCUAAAAGGAGCAAAAAAAAAAAAAAAGAAGAAGAAAAAAAAAGACUAUGCGAUAAAUUGGGAAUGUUGGUAUCUUGACAAGUGUUCUCCAGACUGUCAUGUGAUGGAAUGCUAUGCCUGUCAUGUGACCAGAUAACUGGCAAGCGACUACAUCCUAAUACAAUGGCGUUACUCUAGCCUUGUCUUGAUAGGACUACUGGAUCCAUGAGUGGAUAUGCAGCAGGAAUUUCUAGCCAUUCUUGCUUGUCUUGUGAUAGGAUUCCUUGCCAGUCAUGUAUCAAGAUUCCUCCAUAAAGAACAUGGGUUCACAGACAAUACUCAUUUUAGCCUUGUGAGAGAAAAAUCCACUUUUUUGCAAUGUGUUUUGUAUCAUUUCUUUGAACUUUUAACAUGUUUUAAUAUACUGAUGAUUAAGAGGGACCUCCAUGAUAGAUCUGGAACCAGGUAUUGUUUCCCAGAUGCUAUUUGAGAACAAUCCCCUCUUAAGUGUGAGUGUGCAAAGGUUGUAUGCCAAACUGGUUCAACCAUUGCCUCUGGAACCAUAGCCUGAACCAUAUUUUCAGUUUGUUUGGCCUCUUCUUCCUUCUAGCUUUAUUCUUCCCUUCAAUCAUCAUCUUGUCUUUUCCUUCAGUAAUAUAUAGUUAGACUCCAAUUAUUUAUAGGGAAUUUGAGAGUGUUCACCAAGCACUAUCACAUGGAAACAUCCAGCAUCAUAAACCUUCCAUGUCCACACCCUUUAUCUCCUUGUUCAUCAUAUGGAUCUUGUCUCCAUACAUAACAUUCUCUAUUUUCCUCUGUUUCCUAUUUUCAAUAAAAGUGUGAUUCACUAAAGAACAAUAGCUGAUAUUUCAGGAUAAUGCUCAGUUUAGACACAGCUACUGAACUUUGGUAAAUGAAGCACAAUUUUUGAGGAUGAAGGAUUUUAGAGGCCACAAACAGCCAAUUAAACCCUUUCGCUUCUGGACAGACCCUAAGGCAGAGAAAGGGUUAAUGGAAUUUAAUUUCAAUAUACAGAUCUACUACCUUUUUUUCUGCCGUUGUGCUCUGUAGUUAUAAAUAAUGUAGAUUAUUUUACGUCAUGAUUUUUUUUGCCAAAGUUGUCCUAUUUAUAGAAAAAAAAUGUUCAUUUUGUCUGACUUUUUUUGCCAACAUAAAAGGAUUUAUUUUUAUUUUUUUUUAAAGUGACACUCGCACAUCAGAACAAAAGGGAAAGAAUAAAUGCUGAUUUUUUUGUUUUGUUUUUAAAAGGGGAUUUUGUAAAAUAUCCAUAUAAAUAAUGUAUUUAUCUCUGGAAUUUGUACAGCCCUAUGCCCAGUUUAUUUUAUUGUGUAUGUUGCAAUGUGAAAAGUGCCGAUUUUGUUAAUUAUAUUCUGUUGUUUAUGUCAUGCUCGAUGAACAAAAAAGCAUUCUAUUUUGUCCUUUUUAACAUUUUGUUGAAAGAAUUUUAAUUUCUUUUAUUAUUUUUCUGAAAUUAAUUUGCUGUUUUUGUUUUAUUACUUAACAUUUUUUUUUGUCUUUCCAUUCCUGGAAGGAUGUAUGAAUGUGUAUGUAAUUAAUUUGUGUUUUCAAGGUGCAUUCAGUUUUACUCAUAAACCCCAAAUUACCUUGUUUUUUAAAAUGACCAAAUCUAUGAAGUGCUCAAACUGCAGCCAAAUUUACAUAGAGCCUCUAUCAAAUAUAAAGACAAUUAUCUGAAGCCAUAAAAAGUAUAUAUAACUGCAACCAACACAUGCUAAAAUUCUUUUGUUCUGUACCAAAAGUUUAUGGAACUAUAUAAAGGGGAACACACAGGAAUCCACACUCAAAAGUAAAGAGGCCACUAAUAAGUCUCUCUCGUUAUUUAUAAACACAUGAGAGGGUGUAACUACAGAUACCUAUGCAUCUAAACAAUAGGCACGAAGAGUUGAUAAAAAAAAACAUUUAUCUUGCUCUUGGCAGGUCCCCCUCUAAGUGAUACCCAUAGGCAGCUGCCUAAUUGCGGAAUGGCAAAUCAUGCUCUAUCUUCAGUAUUUCUCUCUAGAGGAGACAGGAAACUCAUUGUUAGAAGUCACAGGUAAUUAUAAUUUCGACACCCAAUACAUAGUGCACCCUUAGGGAUUGAGGUACCCAAUGAACUAAAAAAACAAAGUAACCUAAUUUAAGAUUUAAUUUAUGAGGUAUUUAAUGUCAUGUAUUUUAAAGUCAAACGUCUAAAUUAAAUAAUGAGCAAGUGAAUUUAAACCAGAACCAUCAAUGGGGUAAAAAUAUCCUGACACAAUAUUUGUGAGUAAGACUAAAUGCAUAUAUUUGAGGUACUUUAUGCUGAUGACUUUGAUGGGCUGAAUGAUAGUUUUUCUUCAUAUGCAUGUUCAUAAAUGUGGGAGGGGUGUUUUAUAAACUAGUGAACAUACUUUCGUUUUGCAGUCUGCUUGAACAUUACCCGCGUCCUUUACAUGAAUAGAAACCAGCAGAUUGAAAUGCCUUAACAAUGCAAUCAUAUUCAUUCAACUUGUAUACCUUACCCUCUGCCCGUCACCAACAUCACAGAGAACAAAAUGAAAUGGAUAAGCACAACAGAAAGAUGUUUUCAUAUUUGAACAAUGUAAUUUUUUUGUAGUUUCUGGUUAUAUGGGGGUGGGAGCUAAUGGCUACGACUCUGCUGGGUGAGCAUUUGCUAGAAUGAGUAUGGGCAAAUAUGGCAAGAGGGGUUACAUUUUAAUGGUGAGAAUCAACAUGCAACUGGAAAAUAUCCUAAAUCAAACAACAUUCCCUGAACUAACAUGUCGAAGAGGCACAUUUAAAGCCAUUAUGUGAUCAACGAGAGCCUAGAUUUUUAACUUGAAUCAUUUUCUGUUGAAGGAAUGUAAAACAAAAUGACAAGCCACAUUAUUUCAGAUGCCAAAAGGAUUCUGGGUAUGGAUAUGCAGAUGAAUUCUAGAGCCAAUUCUAGAUGUCCCAUCCUGAGGGCAAAGAACCAAAGCAAUAUUGUGUUACCGUGCAGGAGAAGCUAAAAUAUCUCCAUUGCUACUUUGUUGUUUGGAAAAGAAAAAAUUACAACAAAGCCCCUUUCUUUUCUAUUUUUUUUUUUUUAUGCUGUGACUUUGAAUAAAGCAGCUCUAGAUAUAUCAGGGGCUGCUUGAAAUAGCUUUUCAGUUUGUAUGCUUCUUGUAAACUUUAAUGAGAAAUUCAGUGUGGCAGUCGAAACCUUUACAGUUUCUUUUUAUAAAAGUAAUGUGACAAAGUUCAAGAAACCAAAACAAAUUUCUGAUCUAUGUUGCAUUCCAUACCCAGAAUCCUUUGCUGCUGUAUUUUAUUACUGAUAAUUGGAACUUAUUCAGACUUCUAAGUACUUUCCUUUGAAAGAGAACUGAUUUAAAGGACUGAGUCAUAUUUUUUAUCAUGCAUUUAACCCUUUGACUGCCAGAGAAAAUGGCAACUUGCAAAUUGGUUGCAUCGUUCUGGCACCUAAGGGCAUAAAACAUUAGCUUUCCAUGUAAGCUAAACAAAAUGUAAUAUAGAGCAUUCCAGUUCCUUCAUAUAUAUAGUGAGAAGGUUAAAAAAAUGUUUUUGAUAUAAUACAAUGUAUGUGCUUGUUAAACACAAGUGGUCUGAAGUCUAGAAAACUUAAAGCCAUAUUUAUAUGCAAGUAUGGAACCUGUAGAGGGUACAUUUUUGAUGAAUUCUUUACAAACUUUAAAUUCACCAACAGUGUACAAGAUAAAAUGAGCUACCAUGCUCAAGAUACUUCUUUAGAAAAAAAUAUAUCAAUAAUAAUAUACAAAAUACACAUACAUAUACAAGACCCAGGAAUGUCACCCAAUAAAAUAUUUCAAUUAAUGGUCUUAAUGGCCACAUACUGAAAGAAAUUGGGUUAAGAAGUUAGUUAUGAGUUAAUAAAAACGAGCAUUCCCUUUAAAAUGUAUAUUUCAUUAAAGUUAGUAAUUACUCCCUCCAUAUUUUAUUUAUCAUUGUUAAUGGUCAUUUUUUUUUUCUCUAGAAGUUGUGAGUGUGAUUUCCCUUUAUAGAAGGUGUCCAACUUUAGUGUUGGGGGACACAUUGCAGCCUAACAUUAACACUUUUUAUCUGUUCUCCCACUUCUCCAAACUGUCUGAUUGUGUCUACGUUAAUAAAGUAUUUUGCAGCAUAUUCAGAGGCUGCCCACCAAGCAAAGCCAUGGUUGAGUGAUAUUAUACUGAAACAUCUUAUAUUCCCUAUUUGCAAUACACAGAGGGCCCUGCAAUCCUGCGCAUGUUUCUCGAUCAAUCUAUAUGUACAGGUCUGCGUUAUUGUUCAUUUUAUUUUUAUAUUAAUGUAUACAGUAUAUUUUUAUUUCAAUGUAUAGAGUUUCUAAAAAUGUCUUUACUGUCCUGCAAGAGAAAAAAAACAUUUCCAUUGUAGGCCCUCAUUUAAAAUGGAUGGACACUGUUGCAAUUUAUCAUUGACAGAAGACUAUAUACAAUUUUCAUUAUAUUUUGACAUAAUGUGACAAAAGGGACACAAUAAUGCAGUAAUACAUUACUAUACAACAUUUUAUUAUUGCAUAAAUACUUGCUCAGGAACCACAAUGCAUAGCUACUAAAGCCGAAUAUGACUGGUUAGCCAAUCAGCUGUGGUAUACACAUGUAUCAUCCAAUCACCAUCCAUAUCCUGUUCAGGUGUGACUUACUAGCAUGAGACUAACUAUGAGAUUACCAGUUUAAACACAGUUAUACAUAAGCCUUUCUGAAAUAAUAAAAUGAUCAACGACAUUAGUACAUUUUAUUAUUGCUUUCUUAUGUUAUUUUAAAAACAUUUGUUAAGUGGAACUUCCAUUUUUGGUACAAAAUGCUAUGCAUAGAAAUGUCCAAAAUUAGGAACACUCUUACAAAUAUCAUCAUUUGAAUGCAUUCUACAUUAUUAGGGGAAUCAAGGAACAUCACCUGAUCACAUGAUGCCGAAUAAGAUUUAAGUUUUCUAGACUUCAGUUCGCUACUUUAAAAACUGUAAAUUUGAUGAUAGUAGGUUGAGAUCAGUAAUGAAGGGGAAUUUAAGAGGAAUGUUAAGAAUUCCUAUUUUCUUUACCACAUCCCAGCAAUGGCUAAGGAUUAUUUCACUAUUCAUUCUUCCAUAUUCAUAUUGUGUGGUCCCAAAGUUCUUUUGGUUUGUGUAUUUAUAGUUCAGUUGGCUGCUACAAAAAUAACUAGUUCUCAAAAACACAAUAUGGUUGUCAGCGUUCAGGGUCCUAAUGUUUCUUCAUGUAUGUUAAAGUAAAAGCAACAACUGCAUUGAUUGCAUAUUCUCCUGAUAUGAAUCUCACCUUUUAAAUAGGAGCACUGUACAGUUCUAAUGAGCUAAUAGAGAUUCUUCUAAUUUUUUUGCAAAAAUUUCAAGCUGUAAAAACUUUUUGACUUUCACAAUAUUUAAUUAAAGUUUCUUCCUGUCUGUGUC